AAGAAGAAGCCGCGUCUCCUCUGUUACAGGUCAUCUGAUCAGGAAGUAAACAAUGUUUGUUUGGCGCUAAACUUCCUUCCUUGUUGUUUCUCUGAAACUUUCCUCAGCUUUUGGAAAUAUGGCCAGCUUCCAUCAGAAAAUAAAAACAAGCGUACCGGAAGAAACCAAGAGCAGUCUGACUGAAAAAGAUUUGCAGAAGUGGGGUUUGCAAGGGAUUCAGUUGCGAGCCUAUCAGCUGGACGGAGUGCAGUGGCUCACCCAGUGCCUGGCCAACCAGCAGGGAUGUAUCUUAGGAGAUGAGAUGGGCCUGGGCAAGACCUGCCAGACCAUCUCUCUGCUAUUGUACAUGAGAGGGGCCCUGCGGCAGGACGGGCCGUUCCUGGUCCUCAGCCCACUGUCUGUCAUGGACAACUGGAGGAGCGAGAUGGAAUGCUUAUCCCCCUGUCUCAAGGUGCUGUGUUACUAUGGAGACAAAGACAAGAGAGCAGAACUGCAGAGGGACAUGAACAACACACACUACCAUGUUCUACUAACUACAUAUGAGCUCUGUAUCAAAGAUGCCUCAUUCCUGAAAAGGAGGAAGUGGAAAGUCUUGGUAGUUGAUGAGGCUCACAGACUGAAGAACCAGAACUCCCUGUUGCACAAAAUCCUGAUGGAG